AUGGCGGGACCUUCUGCUUCGUCGGCGCCGUCCACCGCCUCAGAGUUGGACAAGUACAAGCAGCACGCAGCGUCCAUGGCUGGCGAGCUGGUGAAGGCGCGAAAGGAGCUCGCGAAGGCCACACAGGAGUGUGCGAAAGCCACACAGGAGUGUGGCCGCCUCGUCGCGAUCCUCCAGACCGCAUUCCCAGCUGGUCUGCCCAUGGACGUGGCAGCUGCAAAUGGAAAGGGCCAUCCAAAGGCGGUGGCGGCGGUUGCCGAGAAGAGGAAGGCCGAAGCGGCGGCAGCAGCAGCAGCAGCAGCAACAACAACACCACCAGCAGCAACCACCUCCUCCUCCUCCACCAUCACCACCACCACCACACCCACCACCGCUGCUGCCGCCAACUCCCCUUCCUCUUCUCCAUCUCCAUCUCCAUCCCCCGCUCCCUUCCCCUCCACCACCACUCCCUCCUUCGCCUCUCUUGCGGCCGCGUCCGCACAUCCUCACCGAAAGUUUGCCGUCCCAAAGACGAGGAGGCAAGCCGCGUCCACGUCUGCGUCUGCACCUGCACACGCACCCGCACCAGCAUCUGCGCCUGGGUCCGCCAAAAUGGACCCAGAUGACUACGACAGGAUGGUGCAGCUCCAGCAGGAGCGAGACGAGCUGCUGAAGCAGCUACAAGACUCCCGGCGCGAGGUCUCCGAGCUCAAGACGACGAGCUCCUCUCGCGACGCAGACGUGGUCGCGCGCGACGGCCAGAUCAAGACACAGGUGAAGGAGAUCGACUCGCUGCGCAGGCAGCUCCAAGAGAACAGAGAUGAGCUCGCGACUGCCAACGCGACCAACAAGGACAUCACCGACCACCUCCAAGUCGCAUACGCGGACCGCGAGCUCGAGACCACCGAGCGACAGGCCGCCAACAGGCGCGAGGACGAGAAGGACCUGGUGAUCAAGGAGCUGGAGUUGAAGCUCGAGAGCGCUGAGGCCGAGAUCGACGAGAAAGAGGCGGCCAUUCAUGAGGCCAUGGAAGACAAGGAGCGCAUCGAGGAGCUCCAUCGCGAGCGGCGCGAGCUCGAAGAGGACAUAAGGGUCGCCCACAAAGAACUCAACGACCGCAACCACGAGACCAAGGUCAAGGACGAACGCAUCGUCCACCUUGAAGAUUUUCUCCAGAAGUCACUCGCGGAGGUCUCGAGACUGAAGGCUCAACAAGAAGAGAAAGUCGAGGAGAAAGCCGGACCCACCGCCGAUCCCAUCAUCGAUCCAGUAGCGGAGUCACUUCAAGACGAGCUCGACAUGGCUGACUAUGACGGAGAUUUCGAGGGUAUCGUCGCCGACGACAACAACAGUGAAGCCGACCAAGACUUUGUUGCUAUCUCCGACAUCCAAACCAUCGUCUCUACCGAACCCGAACAGCCUCAACUCACCUCUUCCGGAGUCCAGGCCAUAGGUGUCUCUCCCAUCACUCCCAACCUCACCUCUUCUGGAGUCCAGGCCAUUGAUGUCGCUCCUGUCGCUUCUGCCAUUCCUACCAUCACUUCAUCAGACGUCCAGACAGUCGAAGUCAUUCCCGUCGCACCUCAUCUCACUUCUUCCGGAGUUCAGACCAUAGAAGUCGCUCCCAUCGCAUCCCUCCUCACCGAAUCAGGAGUCCAGACCAUCGAGAUCUCUCCUGUCACACCUCAGCUCACAUACUCUGGAGUUCAGACCGUAGAUGUCGCUCCUAUUGCUCCCGCUGUCCCGACUCUCACUUCUUCUGGAGUUCAGACCAUUGAUGUCGCUCCGAUUACACCUCAGCUCACUUCUUCCGGAGUUCAGACCAUAGAUGUCGCUCCCAUUUCGCCUAUCAUCCCGGCCCUCACUUCCUCUGGAGUUCAGACCAUCGAGAUCGCUCCACUUGUUCCUCAGCUCACUUCCUCUGGAGUUCAGACCAUAGAUGUCACUCCCGUUGUAUCUCAGCUCACUUCUUCUGGAGUUCAGACCAUAGAUGUCGCUCCCAUUUCGCCUAUUAUCCCGGCCCUCAUUUCAUCUGGAGUACAGACCAUAGAUGUCGCUCCUAUCACUCCCGUCGCUCCUCAGCUCACCGAAUCAGGAGUUCAGACCAUCGAUAUCUCUCCUGUCACACCUCAACUCACUCACUCCAACAUCACCAACACCAUGGACUUCUCACCAGUGGAGCCUGUCACACCCACUUACACCCAUUCCGGAGUUCAAACCAUUGAGAGUACUCCAAUCGCGCCAGAGGCCAUAGAUGCCGGCGCUCAGACCGAAAACAUCACCCUCACCCACGACAUUGUCCAAACCGACACCACUCCCAUCGCACCAGCUGAGAUUGAUAUGAUCGUUCCCUCGGUCACCAUGAACAAGCGUGCCUCUCACAACAACUCUCCCUGGCUCGUUGCCAUUCUUGCCAUGUUAGUUGCUUACCUCUGGGCUCAGGUGGAGUCUAUGAAGCAUGACGUCGGCCUCUACAACAGCUAUGGCGCCUACGGUCGCCCUCAUCGUCUCUUCGGCAUCAUUCCCAUCGGCUACAGCAUCGGUGACAAUGUCUGGACCGAAUACCUCACCCAGUACGCCGACUACUUCAUCCAAGUCAUCGAGAACAUGGCCGGCAUCGAGCAUACCAUUCUUGUCUGA